AUGGCAGAUUUCGUCCAGAAAACCCACUUCGACCGGCCGACAUUCCAUGACGCAGCUGCAUCUCGCUCUUUCUACCUGGGGCAGAUCAGGGUGCAGGUCCCAGGGACCGCAGUGGCAAACCUCCUUGUUGAUCUAGAUGUCGAGUGUCUGACGCGGGAGCUUGCGGUGCUGGCCUGGGCCAGGCUGGACGGAAUGCAAAUAUGGGGGCGCAUGCUGGUUGUUGAGCGCUUGCGGAACAAACGAGGGGCUUUGCAGCCAUCCCACGACGAGCUGCAGGCUGCAAGACAACCGCUACCAGCCAGCUUUAGCAUCGACCAAAGCCCGAACGACCCCACCGGCGGCACACCCGAGGCCUUCAGCAACGCCGACAACACCUCGCCUCCCGCCCAGACCGCGAAGGACAUCUAUGAAGACCCUUACUUCCUCGAGACCUCUCGGACAACUUGGAAGGCCGGGGCGGAUACUCGCCGUUUCAGGUCACAUCAUGGCGGCAAACCAUCGACCCUUCCGAAGUCCAGGCGCUGA